UUUCCGCUUCCGGCUAAAACAGGAUGUGGAAGACACCAGUGGAGGCGCCAUCACAUCACGAGCAUUUCUCUGCGUUGAAAUGUGAAGAUUUCGGGUUCACAGCUGCUCAAUAUCCCCAUGCCCCGGCCACCUGUGCAGCUUCAAGAGAAAUUCAGAGAUAAAACCCGAAAUGAUCCGGUUCAUGCCUCCCAGGCUUCACAGUCGACACAUUGUUUUGUUUUGUUUGGCUCUAAGUAAGUGACUCGGACUAACGCCACCAUUUAGUUUGGUCUGAAUCCUCAAAUUGUUGUUUUUCCAGCGUCGCUCAGUUUGGACCCGGUGCGUUUUGCCGGCGGAGGUCAGGUGAGGCACUCCAGAUCAGCUCUACAUGUCUGAGGACUCCAGCAGUGAUGAGGAGUGGUGUGUGUCAGCAGACAAGCCGCCUGUUGGUGCGGACUCCAGGCAGAAGUGUUGGGAAUGUGGCAAGAUGUUCCAGCGCCUAGGAAAGCUGAUCUCACACUACAAAAGCCACGAUGUCCAGGCCACCUGCCACAUUUGCCAGGUGACUUUCCGGCGCAUGACGUCCCUCUCCACACACCUGGAUAAUGCACACUCGCCCUUCUGCAGAUUGUGCAAUAGGUGGUUCAGCAACGUGUGGGAGUUUAACAAGCACACGGCAGCACAUUAUAACAUUAAAGUGUCCCCUGGAACGCCGUCAAAUAGCUGUGUGACGCUACAUCAGGACAAGAACUGCGAAAACUCUGAUAAUGGGUUGACUGAUGACAUGGCUCUGCUCUCUCUCCCUACAUUUGCACAACCAAAGGAGGAGUACACACCUGUGGUUCAGGAUCACACAUAUAUUAGCAGCUGUGGAAAUGGGGAAGCUAUUCAGCACUUAGUUACAAAACAAAGCACUGAGACAAUGUCAGAAGCAAGGCCCCUAAAAAGAGGUGAGAUAAACCAUGAGCAACUUGAGAUAGUUGGUAAUCACAUUGACUAUAUCGUGGGGGAGAAUGAUUUUAAAGAUAUCAACGAGGGAAAUCAAACUGAUGAAGGCGAGAGCUCAGAUGACUCGAUGAGCUCUGAGGACAAUGACACGGGAAUGAGUGUGGAUGAUAGGGAUGGCAGAUCCUCACACGCGCAUGGAGAUGAACAGUUUGGAUAUGCGGGGGAGAAAAAUGACAAAGACACAUCUGAAUCUCUCCACUCUCAAUCUUCGGACUCAUCCUCAGAAGCUGACGUGCCAUCAGAAUAUGGCUUGAGCCCCUGUUCAAGUGGGUCUUCCAGUGACUCUUCGCUUGCUGCUGAGCAUCCCGACAGCGCCCCUGCAAACCCCCACAACACACUAUGCACUCUGUGUGGCAGAGGACCAUUUAGGAAUGUGAAAGUCCAUUUGCUGCACUGUCCUGGGAAACCGAAUCAGCCAGGACAGGGUUCGUCUUUUCACUGUUUAUUGUGCAAAGGGAACUUUGCCACUCUGACUCUCCUGGUUGAACACCAGAGGCGUUGGUAUUCCUGCAACUCGUGUGGCCAGGUUUUCCGUCACUGGAGCGCUUACAGGCACCACAUUUGCUCCAAGGGAAAACAGUCAAGUACUCACAGCAUUGUACUUUUUUGUUCUAAGUCAAUGCCAAAAUCAUGCAACAUAUGCAAUGCCUUUUUUUCUUCUGAGAAAAAUUUGUUAACUCAUGUGGUUACAGCUCACAGUACAAACUUCAGUACCAUUGUCUCUAAGCCACCUCCCCUGACUGAUAAGGUGGCACCAGAUGCCUCUGCCUCCAGAGGAGCCCAGUUACAGUUAGUCAAAGAUGUCCUGGUUUCCAGCAGUGCUGUGGCUUCUCAGAGCACCAUUGUCAAUGGGAAGCCCCCUGUCACUCAGUCUCUGGCCACAGUUUUGCAGUCGAGCCCUUCCUCCCCAUCCUCAUCCUCCCACCCAGGCUUGGUUCCCGUGUCAUCCACAUUAGUUAAUGGCGGGGCAACCAAUUUCACAAUUGUCCAACAGCCCUCCAUCAUCACUCAGGUCGUCCCACAGAGGAGCGCUACAAAUCCACAGGUGACUAGCCUGACGCAAAACACAAUUUUGUCCUCUCAGAAGAUAACUUCUUCCUCAUCAGCUGUCAGGCCACUUCCUCCUAUACUAAUGGCUGUUCCUACCACAAAUGUCAGAUCAGGGACAGACAGUGCCUUAUGUCAGGUGACAAACCAGCCUGCAGGACAGCUUUAUGCCCCACUAAUCUCUGUCAGUGACUCUAACAAAACUCCAGCUGUUGUAGCCGCUAACUCUGCACCUCCACUCACACCACCCGUAAAUAUUGUGGCCCUGUUUAAGAAUGACAGCCGGGAGAUGGCCCUGCAGAGGCGUAUGAACACCAGCUGGCGUUGCAAAGCCCCUUACCCCUGCAGGCAGUGUGGUGCCAUCUCACGGCAGCCAUCUCUCAUCAUCAGCCACCGCUACCUCCACCGUGGUCGCCGCUCACACCACUGCAAGUGUGGCCGUGCUUUCAAGCACCGGUUGCACCUCCUGCGGCACUGCAUGCAACAUGCAGAGGCAACCAGCUACAUCUGUGUCAGCUGUGGGGAAACUUUCACAGGAGCAAAACUCUUAGCGAAGCACAUGCAGGGCGAUUCAAGACAUACUUCUGGACGUACUUGGAAACUCAGAGCCAAAAGAAAGUGUAACAUGCCCUUUUCCUGUGACUGCGGACAGCUCUUUUUCAGGCCUUCUGCUUAUAUAUGGCACCAACUUAAAAACAGGGGAAGAGCAAAACGCCACAAAAAGUCCUGAAAAUGUGCAAAACACUGGUACAGUUAUGACUUUACAGAGAUCAUAAAUUGUUUUCUUCCCUACAUGUUAUGUCGAGGUAAACUAUGGUUAUUGUGCUACUGAGCUGUACCACAAAAACAAAGUGGUUGUUCAAAUGACCGUUCACUCAUGCCACAUGAUUUCUUUUUUUCCCCCCUUUCUUUUAAUUUAUUAUUAUUAUUGCAAUUCUAUGUUAAUAAAGCAAAGUCAUGUUAAUUUGCU